GGGGAAAAGCAUUAAACGAAUUAAAUUGAUUCAUUAAAAGUCAAAGUGCUGACUGAGACUUGGUCGUCACUAGUCUCUAAAGCUUUAAGACCGGUUCGAAAAAUUAUGGUGCGCCCAUCAAAAAGGCGAUCACUGCCGUGCUGCCCAGAAAAAUUCUUCUGCAGAAGCACAAAUCAACUUUUUUUUUUUGGAUUGUCCAAUUCCAAUCCAAUACUCCAUCAUACAAGUAUGGCACAUUUCUCUCUUCACCGCUCCGUACCGCUUCUCACCGAUUGGAUGCGUAAGAAAGAGAGACUACAUCAGUUUGAAAUUGAACUAAUUAUUCAGUGAUGAAAUCAAUCCAAACGUCACAUCAACCAGCAGCUGGCUAUACUUUGCUGGGGUAUUCUUUGUGAGCGAUGGCGACUUCACUUAUAUAAAAGUGAAGUUACCCAAGGAAAUGUAUCUCAAACCAAAGUUACAAUCUUCUAAGUGUAGAUCGACUCACAAAUAAUGAUGUUCGCAAAGGUUUUACUGUGCUUCUGCCUGGCUGCCGUAGCUCAGGCAGGUCAUCUGCUCGGUGGUCAUGGAAUCGGACUUGGUGGACUUGGAUAUGGCGGUGGUAUUAGCUAUGCUGCCGCACCAGCCAUUUCUUAUGCUGCAGCUGCUCCAGCUGUUUCUGUGUCUUAUGCUGCCCCCAAACUAGUCGCCGCUGCUGCUCCUGCGAUAUCAUACGCUGCUGCUCCAUCAAUUUCAUACGCUGCUGCUCCAGCUAUUUCAUAUGCUGCUCCAUCAAUCUCGUAUGCUGCUCCUGCUGUAUCGUAUGCAGCUGCUGCUCCAAUUAUUAAGGCUGCUCCAGCUAUUAGCAUAGCUCGUCCAGCGCCAGUUGUUGUAUCUGCACCAGCACCAGUUGCUGUGGCUGCCGCUCCAGUUGUCAAGACUCUUGUCGCCGAACCAGUUGAUCCCAAUCCACAAUACAGUUUCAGCUAUGGAGUUUCUGACCCUCAUACCGGUGAUUCUAAGUCAGCUUCAGAGUCGCUCAAGGACGGAGUUGUCCAUGGAAGUUAUUCAUUGAGUGAACCUGAUGGUUCCAUCCGCAAGGUCAUCUACACUGCUGACAAAAUCAACGGAUUCAACGCUAUUGUUCAAAAAUCUGCCGGAGUCAUUAAUGCCGGACCAGUAGCAGUUAAAGUAGCAGCUCCAGUAGCAGUAGCAGCCCCAGCACCAAUCGCAGUAGCAGCGCCAGCUCCAAUUGCAGUAGCAGCACCUCAGCAAAUUGCAGUUGCUGCCCCAGCACCAAUUGCUGUAGCUGCGCCACAGCAAAUUGCCAUUGCUGCACCAGCACCACAAAUAACUUAUGCCGCCGCUGCUCCCACUGUUGUCGCUGCCCCAAGGGUGGCCUAUGCCGCAGCAGCCCCGUCGUACGUAGCAGCGGCUCCAGCCAUAUCAAAGAUCUCUUAUUCGGUUGCUGCUCCAAGUGUGAGCUAUGCCGCUGCUGCGCCAUCGUAUGUAGCUGCAGCUCCAGCCUACUCGAAAAUCGCCAUCGGUGGCGGUGGGCUUUCAUUAGGUGGACUUGCAUUAGGCGGAGGAAUCUCCUACGGCCAUGGACUCUCCUUAGGACAUGGAUACCAUUGAGAGAAGCGGCGGCAAUUAACAGUUGUUGGCCUCUGAAUUGAUAAAAUCGACGCGCGCAUCAAAAAUCAUGGAAUGAAAAAUAAUUUAUAACAUUUUUUAUAAUAUUUGUAAAAAAAAAAACAAAUA